UGAAUUUUCAUGAAAAACGGAGAAUGAGAGACUCUCCUCCAGUAUUACCUGGAGACUUUAUCGACAGUGCUUGAAAAUGGGCGUAGCGGAGUAGUUUCAAAAAUAAAAGUGGGCGUAAAGCGCUGGAAACUGCUUAGCGAAAUGGUAACAAGUAAAACACCAGAGUGGCCGCUCUCAGGUUUCUCUCUGACUGUACUCUAUACGAGCUGACCCUGGAGCCCCUGGAGCUAUGCUUGCUGUCGUGCCACUCGACGAAUCGAUGAUUCCGCUCCGAUCCAUUUGACGUUUGCCUCGAUGCUCAUUUCUCCCAUACGUUACAUUCUCCCUCGAAUUUCCGCUUGCCACCUCUUCUGUUGUAGCGGCGCGACAACCUACUUCUGUGAGCGUGCCAGGAGUUUUCCACGGGGGUUAAGAAACAUGUUGCUGCAGCUCACAUCUGUUGCCUAAGAAGACGUACAACGGAAAACCAAUGGCGUCCGUAUCUAGUAAGGUUGAUCGUGUCGGUGGUGACCAACAGGAGAGCAAUCUGCUAUCGCCCGUAGAAGACCAGAGCUGUCUCUUGAUCGACGAGAGGGGCGAUCACGGUUCGUCGACUAAGCAAAACGCACAAGACGUCACGGCAGAGUUGAUUGCCAGAGAGUCCGGGCGCGAUGUAGCGCAGUCGGAUUCCCAAUCGGCGGCACAGUCUUCAGACAGCCGUGACAAUGACGACAAGAAGAGGAGAGAUAUGUGCGACAAAUUUGUUGUUGACAAAGAAAUUGGGUCUGAUGUAGAUUGCAAUGUACGAUUUAAAAAGAAAGGCAAAGUCAGAAACGUAGAGAGCGGGACGCCGAGAUUAAUGGAAUACGAUCCCACUAUCGAUGAAAGAUUACCGGAGACUGUGACGUUGUUGACCACGCCGGACGGAGGAAAGUUGUACUUAGUAGGAACGGCACAUUUCAGUGUUAAAAGUCAGAAUGACGUGUCAAAGAUUAUACAGGCUGUGCAGCCUCACAUAGUUGCGGUUGAACUAUGCAGGAACAGAGUUGGUAUAAUGCAGAUUGACGAGAAGGAAAUGUUUGAUUACGUUAAAAACAUUGAUUACCAAACCAUUAGGGCAAUCAUUAAGGAAGACGGACUGUACGAGGGUUUACUACACAUUUUAAUAAUGAGAAUGUCAGCUUACGUUACCAAGCAGCUCGGUAUGCCACCCGGUGGAGAAUUCCGGAUGGCAUUCAAGGAGGCAAAAAAUGUGCCAAAUUGUAUCGUCCAUCUGGCCGAUCGACCACUUUCCAUAACGAUGCAACGUGCGAUGCGCUUGCUAUCCUGGUGGCAGACCAUAAAGUUAGGAUAUCAGCUGUUAAUACUGAAAGAUCCCAUUACACAAGAAGAAGUCGAACUCUAUAAACAACGAUCGAUGAUGGACGAGAUGCUCGCCAGCAUAAAGGAGGAAUUUCCGGUGUUGGGAGAGGUAUUCGUGAAGGAGAGGGAUAUUUACUUGACGAAUUCUCUGCAGUUGGCCUGUCGGCCGCAUAGUACUUCUCCAUAUACCUUCGAACCAACGCGCGUCGUAGGAAUCGUCGGUGCAGGGCACACACCUGGCAUUAUCGAAAAUUGGGGAAAAGUCGAGCCUUCCGACAUACUUCCUCUCAUGAAAGUACCACCACCCCCGUUGACGGAUAAAAUUGUAAAACUGACCAUUAAGGCAUCUAUCCUUGUUGCUGUAAUUUACGUAGGCUACAAAAUUGUAGCGGUACCUACUGCGACCGCAUUCCAUUCUCUUAAGUCAUCGGUACAGGGACUUCUACAGUCCUUGGGCUUUUUUGGAUAUUUUUAUUGAUGCAUAAUUACGGUAAGCAUGGAAGCGAGUACUUCUAUCGAUGCGUACGAACAU